AGGCUUGCUAAACAAUCACAGUUACAAAUCACGUGGCUUUGUACUGUGAUGAAAAAGCUGCAUUGUUUCUUGGCAACAAUUAAUGUCUUAAGUACGCAGCUUACUUGGGAUGUCAACAUCAGAGCAACAUGACUUUCAUCUCUUCCAAACAUACCAUAGUUAGACUUAUUAAAUCAAGAACAAUCACAGAAAGCUAAAAUUCAAUUUUACUCACUUGAGAGAGCAGAAACUGCAUGUGUGGAUAUGUAUAGACGUAGUUGGGGAACAAACUGCGCAGUUGUACAGUUGGCUACGCUUGGCGCAACAGCCACAACCAAGACUUCUCUGACUGAUGUUUUAGACGGCCUGAGCUGACUUCUGACUACAAUCUACAGGAUACAUUUCCUUGGGGUACUGUUUCUUGCUUGGGACACCAAUCGUACCCGUUUGAAAAGUGGUUACACCAACACAACUUGGGAGAAGCACACAGAAUCUUUUUCAACAGAGCAGUCAGCCGUGAAAACAGGCUCGUGAAGAACACAACAAGACAAAAUGUUUCACAACUUGAAGACACUGCUGGUCCUUCUGCUGAUCAUCCUGAAGGAAGCUGGACCGAUCGCAGCCUGCAACACAAGAUGUUCAUCAGACUGCAGAUGCAGCAGUAGAGGCCUCAGAACCGUUCCUCAGUUUCUACCUAUCAGUGUCACUACCCUUUACUUAAGAAGCAAUAAGAUCACAGCUAUGAGUCCAUCUGAUUUCUUAAGAUACAGGAGUUUGAAAAAACUAGAUCUGUCCCACAACCAACUAACUUCCAUUCAGCCCGGUACAUUUUCUAACCUACCACAGCUACAUACAUUGAUCCUGUCCAGAAACAAAAUAACACACAUUCUGCCAGGUAUGUUUUCAAACCUGAUACAGCUGCAACAGUUGUCUCUGCCCUUCAACCAAAUAACUAUCAUUCAGCCUGGUUCAUUCUCAAAUCUGUUGCAGCUGAAGCACUUAAACCUGAAUAACAAUGAUAUAAACAUCAUUCAGAAAGAUGCAUUUUCAAACCUGCCCAGGCUCCAACAAUUGUACAUGAACAAUAACAAGAUAAGGACCAUCCAGCCCAGUUUGUUCUCAGAUCUCCCUCCGUUGCAAAAGUUGUACUUGUACAACAACCAGAUGACGACACUUCCAUUGGCAGCCUAUUCCACACUGUCAUUGAUCCCCAACAUACAUAUUUUCAACAACCCCUGGCAGUGUGACUGCAAAAUGCUUCCUGUUAGGCUAAAGAUGAGUGAGUCUCAUUCAUUUGAAAAUCAGAUAACUUGUUCCAAACCGGACAACUUAAAAGAUCAAAUGCUGAAAGAUGUCAGUCCUAAAGAUCUUCUGGACUGUGAAGAGCCAAGCAUUGUAAGCUUUCAGAGGGUUGACAAUAACACACUGGCACAGGGGGAGCCUCUCCAUUUGGUCUGUGAGGCUUCAGGUAUCCCUACACCAGACAUCACAGUCACCAUCCCAUCUGAACAGAAUGCCACAACUGUUGAAUCAGGUGGGAGGGUGACUUUGGGAGCGAAUGGUAGUACUGGUACUACCAUUACCACAGCUGAAUUUGUUACUGCAGCAGAUGCAGGUCUGUAUGUCUGUACUGCAGCAAAUCAUGCUGGCUCCACAUUAGCCACUCUCUUUGUUGAUGUCCACUUGAAUAUCCCCAGAACUACAACAGAGGCUUCAACUCUCUCUGUAGGCACCACCAGUAUUUCAGCCCAAUCCACAAGCAACAACAAUAACAACAACAACAACAACAACAACAUUGCUUCUCCUACUUUCUAUGUACCCAUACAUGUUGGCUCCACACCCUCAGAACAGCCUUUGUCUUCUCCCACCUUCUCCCAGGCUAUACCUGUUAGUUCUACAGCUCCAGAACAGUUCAAGUCUUCUCCUACUCCCUCUGCACCUGUUCUUGUCCAUCCUUUACCCUCAGAAGAACCUGAAUCUCAUCCCAAUCUCUCCAUGUCUGUUCCCAUUGCCCCUAUUGCUGGUGCAGCAGCUGGCACUGUCCUCAUUGGUUGCCUCAUUUUGACAAUCUUUUGGAAGAAGUCGACCAGGAGUCGCUCUGUUGGCCCAGACUCUGGUGUUGUGUCCAACAGCACAGACACCACAGCUACUGUAACAACCGGUGGUCAUGACCAGAUGCACCAGACACCUUGACUACUGUAGCAACCAGUACAUAACCAGAUCAUGGUAUCAUGGUGCUGAUGCCUGAUGAUAUGUCAGGUCAAUAAGACUCUAACACCACAUUACUUGAAUGUUUCCUAUCUUCGUGUGUCUGAAAAUAGGAAAGACUAGAGAGAACUACAUUGACUGUACAUGUAUUACAGACUGUCCAAUUCCAUGGAAAGUUUUAUUAUCCAGUUGUCAAACUGCCAUUGCCUGCAUAAGGACACAAUGUACAGCUACAUAUAAUGUUAAGGUACGGUAGUAGCUUUUAGGCUGUGAUGCUAUCGUGUCAGUCCCAUGUUGAUUGUGUUUUAUAGCUAAUUUUGAUUGUGUUAUAAGUGUAAACUCUGCAACUUGUCUACACAUGUUUUAAGA